AUGGCUAGAUGGAAGUACGGCCUAGCCCUCGGGCUCCAUCUUCUGUCGACCUCAUUUGCCAAACCAGUCGCAUUUGAGGACGGAGAUACUGGGAGCUUGCCUCAAGGCUAUAUACCCAAUUUUGUGGCAUCUGCGAAUGAAAACACAGGAGACAACCCUUUAAAAUUCACGCCAGAAUCGCAAGACGCUAUUGAAAGCUUUCCCUCUCCGGCAGCUGUCUCUGGUGUUGAGUCUCCAAUCCCAGAGUCCCCAUUGGAUUCUUCACCCACCUCCUCGCCUCAAACUGCUCCCGGCACCGACGACUUUCUUACUCCAGAAGCUCGACACAACUCGGAAUUGCAAGCAUCUGCACCAAGUACUGUCGAUUCGACCUCAGAACUCCAAAAUGAUCAUUCUCCUCCCCACGCCGCAUUGAAAGCACGUGACGGUACCUUCAAUACUUCCACCAAUCUAACAACGAUCGACUGGAAUACCGUGAUUCCCCCAUUCUUACAGAUCACCAAUUCCAGUGAAGAGCUGAACGACAUCCCAGACGUUGAUGCGUUUGAGUUCACGGCGGAGAAUGUCAGAAAAUCUGGCGUCGACACGUGGUACGCUGCAUUCACGAUGCAUUACCAGACUGACCCGCGGUGGAAGGAGGAUGAAGAGUCCAAAUUUUUCGCUCGCCUCUUCCACAAAGACGCCGAUUUCCAAUGCGACCAAACCGUGACAUGGUGCAUGAGUGUACCCAGUAGGAAUGAUAUUAUUAAGUUGUGGCCGGGUCGAGAGAAUCGGCGUUUGGCACAACGGGUAUACUUCCACACCAGGAGGAUGUCGAUGAUGCAUAAUAGAAGAAGGGCAGAAUUGGAAGCUUUCGCAGUCGCCGAGUCGUACUUUCUGGGCCAUGCACAUGACAUGAUCAAAACUUUCACCAAGCAAGUCAGCCAGGAUAUGAUCGCAAUGUGCGGCGCCUUUCACAAAUUGCUCGACCUUGGAAUACAGGUCGCUGCGGCUAUGGCAGGUGGUGCUGCCAGUUCAUUGUCAACUGCUCUCACAGCAGAGGGCAGUUUGCUUGAGUGUUUUGCUUCUGUCAAUCUCAUAUCAGGCAAGACAUUCGACAAUACUGGGCCCAAGAUGGUAGACGGUGUGCUUAAGAAAACUAUGCGAGAUAGCUCUCUUGACGCAGCUAAGUUCGACUAUUUUGGAAUCUUGCAAAACGAGUUCAAAAGUAUAGCAACUACUUUAGCAACGGAUGCGACCAGAAAGACUUCACCUUUGACUGCAGGAAAUUCGAGCUCGUCAGCAGAUAAUGAGAGCUCGCAUCUUGAUCCAGGCAUGGGUACUGAUCCUCUGUGCUCGUACUUGGGAGGUGACCAGAAAGAUUUGAACGGCAGGAAUGCUCACGCAAUGAACGAAAUCAUUUCCGACUUCUUCCAAAAGGACAGACAGCAGAUUCAGAACUUAGACGCCAGGAUGUCCAGGGGUUGGAUUCCUCAACCUGGUAUGCCGUCCGCGAUGGCCAUUGAUUUUGCUAUGCACGACUGGUUUCACGAAGCACCUACCAAUUCUACUGGAAGCCAUUCUACCGAAAACCUUUCUACUGCAGUCUCACAAGAAGAGCAGCUAACACAUCGACUCAUGAAACACUUUAUCGGCACAAUUAUGAGCGAGGACAAUACUUAUAUGACGUGCAUGCACGUCAAAGAUGCGCAGCAACAAUGCAACGAGGUCCCUAGAAAAGGAAAACCCAGUUGGUGGAACAGCUAUCGGAAGUCUCAAAUUUGCCCAGAGCCUGAGGCCGAUCCAACACUUUCUGCACAGCGAGCCGAUGGUUUCAUACCACUGAUUAUCAGGAUCACGUCGGAAUCAUUCAUCAAGGAUCUUCUUCACGAAGCUUGGGCAUUCUACAAGAAAUUCAAGAACAACGUCGGAAAGGUGGAUUGGGCAUCUGGUGAUUUGUCUGGACCAACCUUUCACCUUCCGACUUGUGUGAGCGACCAUCUGCAUCUUCACGACAUGAAUCCGCUAUGGAAAAGCUACCUCUCGAAGGAUCCCUCUUAUCUGCAAUUCCCAUUAAUAUGCGGAGACUGGCGCGCAAUCGAGAGCGUUAAUUUCAUGAAAGAGAUGAACCUCGCACCUGGUUCUAAGAUUCAUGCAGCAGUUGAAGGGAUAUCAGGAACCAAGCAUCCGAACCAACUCUUCGUGGAUAUCAUUCCUCGGCUCAUCGCCGAGAGAAAUAUGUCUGCAACGAUUUGGGUGAAGCCUUCUCAUAAGAAACAGUGCGAUAAUUGGUUCAAGGGGAGGAGGAAAGCAGAUGAAAAAGCGAAGAAGGAAGAAGAGAAAGCGGAGCAAAAGGCUCUGGAGGAAGAGGAGAAAGCAUUGGAGGAGGACAUAAAAAGAGUAAUGGCGGAGGAGGAGAGAAUUGAGGCAGAAGAAAAGAAGUGGAGAGAAGCAGAAGAGGAAGCGCAGAAGCUGUAA